GAGUGCAAUCUUUUGCCGACGCAAAUAUUAUUUUAUUGAUUUUAUUAUUCUUCUAUAAACAACAAUUUAAUUUUAAGCCUCUAAAUCAUCUUUUAUGUAUAAUGUCUGUGUAUGUCUUGGAUAUGAACUUCAAGUGUCCAACAACGAGACUUUGAAAAAUGAAAUGUUUUCGCAAUAUCAUUCGACUCCAACUGACACUUCCACUUGGGCUAGUUUACUUCCAAGAAAGGUUUCCAAACAGGAAGAUGAAGCUAGUUGGAUGAUGUAAUAGAAAAAGAUCAAGAAUCGCGAUAAUGCAGAUGUUGCUGCUAGAUUCUUAAAGGAGUUGCCUCUAGAUGAUGUAAGGCUGGACCCCAAGUCAAGACAGGGGAUAGCUCAGCAGACGAAUUUAGAGUAUUUGUUGUUGCUGGAUGUUGAUAGCCUUGUCUGGAGCUUCAGGAAAACCGCAGCCUCGCAGACGCUAGGUGAGGCUUAUGGAGGUUGGGAAGGCCCGGAUUGUGAGCUUCGAGGGCAUUUUGUUGGUUAGUCUGCUUCUGAAAUCUAUAUUCUCUACUUGAUUCAUGGUUUUUUCAGUUGAAUACAGAGUAACAGAGAUGAUGUGCAUGCAUGGCCUUGCAUGGAUUUUACUGUUUUGAAGCUGUAGAACCUGUGUGGGCGCCAUACUACACCAUUCACAAGAUAAUGGCAGGAUUGUUGGAUCAAUAUUUGUAUGCUAAGAGUAGUCGAGCUUUGAAAAUGGUAAAAUGGAUGACUCAAUACUUCUACAACCGUGUGCAAAAUGUGAUGUUAAAGUACAGCAUUGAACAACAUUAUAGAUCAUUGUAUGAAGCAACAGGCGGCAUGAAUGAUGUUCUCUAUAACCUGUACAGCAUAACAAAUGAUCCCAAACAUUUGUUGGCUCACCUUUUCGACAAACCCUGCUUUUUAGGACUUCUGGCAGUGCAGGCUGAUGAUCUAUCUGGUUUUCACGCUAAUACACAUAUUCCAAUAGUUGUUGGUUCUCAAAGGAGAUAUGAAGUUACUGGUGAUCCACUUUAUAAGGUAAAGAGUGAAGUUUUUUACUCGAUGACAUCGCAUUGGUUUCUAUAGCAGUGGAUUAAGAUGGCCUAGACCGAAUUAGAGCAGAGUGAGAAAAAAAAUAAAGUUCUGAUUUGGUAAAAUAGAACUCUGAUAUACAUCAUUCAAUACAUUUCAAGCUCAGUCAAUUGGAACUCCAGGAAGAUUUCUCUUGCUCAGAAAGCAGAGCCUGUCGUUUCAUGGAGGAAUCACCUACAUGUGACCCUCACUAUAUCUUCAAAGCUACAUUGCAGCAGCAAAAUAUUGAUUCUAAGUCUCUGACAUACCAUAAUUUUGUGUGCUUUCUUCAUUCUACUCUAUUUCAUAUAAAAUUUGAUAUUCUCUUAGGCUCGCUGAUCCAUCCUUGCCAAAAAACUCUUACUAGUGAAGUACGGAUUCUGAAACUGGAUUUUCUUUUCUGCUAAUGGUUUCAGCAGGGUUUAGGCCAAAGAAGUACAAUAAAUUUGAGAAUUCCAUCCUGGACACAUUCAAAUGGUAUGAAGGCGGCCCUGAAUGGCCAGGGACUGUCUCUACCAAAUCCAGGUCAAUCUCAUCCAUACAUCUUAUCUCCUAUCGUAUAUGUACAUCUGUCUUUCAUUUGUUUACAGAAACGUGAUAAACUCGUCUCCAUCAUGAGUUGUUUUUACUCGUUCAUUCAUCUCAUGAAGUCCAAGUCCGCUGAAAAUUGAACACAGUAUUUCUUGGUGUAGGCAAUCUGUUAAAAAUAUCACGAAAGUGGAACAACGAUGACAAAAUUGUUGUUGAGCACUUGAGCUACCUAUUAGUAUCAGAACAGAACCAAUCAAAGGUAAUUUUUCUUUUUAUAUAUGUUAUUAUGUUCUUUCACUCAAUAACAUCAAUUUAUUCUUUCCUUUUGGGGUACUUAUCAUAACAAUUCAGAUGAUAGGCCUGAAUAUGCUUCCGAUCAUGCAAUACUGUAUGGUCCAUAUCUUCUUCCAUUACCUGAACCAGAACUCUAUCAGAAUGGAGACAUUACUAAAUCAAACAACAACUCUUAUAGAAUGGAGACAUUACCUGAACCAGGCUCAAAGUAUUCCGUCCACGCAACAUUCAGGCUCAUUCCAAAAGACUCCAAGACCUCAAAAAUAUCAAAAAGUAAGAGAUUAUAUUGGGAAAUCAGUCAUGCUAGAGCCUUUUGAUCUUCCUGGCAUGGUUCUAGUGCAUGGAAACGACGCGCGCCUUGGGAUAUCACAUUCAUCAGACAGCAAUGCAUCAGGUUUCCGUAAUUGGUUGCUGGACUUGAUAUGAAGAAAACAUCAGUGUCCUUGGAGUCUGAAAACAAGGAGAAUUGUUAUGUGUACAGUGAUCUGAAAUUGCAUGCAGAUGUGAAGCUUAGUUGCAUUUCGGAAUCAUCAGGUUCUGCAUUUGAACAAGGAGCCAGCUUUACGUUAAGAGAUGAAAUCAGCAAGUAUGAUCCUAUUAGCUUUGUUGCCAAAGGGAAGUCCAGAAACUUUGUUUUGCAACCACUGCACAACAUUAGAGAUGAGAACUAUGUUGUGUAUUUUAAUAGUUCGUCUUAAAAUGAUAAUGUAGUAACAUUAUCAUCUGCUUGAAAAAAUUGUUAACGAUUAUAAUAGUGCAUCCGGAGACCAGCAAUAUACUAGUAGCGAGAGCUUAGUGUUCUUGAGAUGAAGAGCAGAACAGGGUUGUUUAGUAAAAUUUCAAUUUUUAGAAUUAUGAAAUUCGACGAUUAAUUCUUGUUUCACAACUC